AUGCCGGGCCCCAAGAACACGAUCCUCAUCGAGGGCAGCUUUGAGGAGCUUACCGACGAGUUCGCACAAUACAUCGACACCCUCAAAAAAUCCCAGGGCGAGGAGGCGUCCAACCUGCAGGGCGAAACCGCAGAGCUGCUGAAGGAGAACAAGAAGGAUGACGUGCUCAAGAAGCUGGUCGUCGGAGCACAGGCGCUCAACCAGGCGCCGGAGAAGGUGUGCGCGAUAGAGUUCAUUGCAGCGUACAACCUGCUGAUCCACCUCGUAAACCAGUCGCCGAGCGUCAACAUGUACCUGCCCAAGAUCUGCCAGAACCUCAGUGCCCCGAUCUCGUCAUCGCCCCAGAACGGCGGUGGCCUUGCUCUUUCGAUUCUCAGCACAAUCUUCAACACCACGUCGGCUGGCAGUGAAGUGCGGUACCACGUGCUUCUUGCUAUCCUACGUGUCAUUCGCGCGACUUCCAACUUCGAGACUCUGCGACCACAAUUAAAGCAGCUGGACAAGUGGUUAGAGGCCUGGGAGACAGAGGAGGAAGACUCCCGCAAACUCUACCUUGCAGUAAGCGAUGUUGCGUCGGACGCUGGCGAGAGCGAGCAGGCAUACACAUACCUUCUCCGCGCACUGCGGACAUACCCCUCAGAGGAGGCUUCAUCGCCAGAAGCCCGCGAGCUCUCCCUCCGCGCCCUCAAGUCCGCCCUCACCCACCCCACCCACUUCGACUUCCAGGACUUGACCGACCUCGACUCGAUCCAGGCCCUCCGCAACUCUGACCCUAUUUUCUUCCAGCUCCUCGAGAUCUUCAACUCGGAUUUGCUUGACGACUACAACGACUUCAAGGACGAGCACGAUGGCUGGGUCGAGGAGUCUGGUCUCGACGGUGCGGCGCUGAACCGCAAGAUGCGUCUCCUCACACUCGCCUCCAUGGCUGCAUCAGCAGGCCAGACCCGAUCCCUGCCGUACGACAAGAUUGCAAAGGCCCUGCAAAUUUCCUCCGAGGAGGUCGAGAUGUGGGUCAUCGACGUGAUCCGCGCCGGACUCGUUGAGGGCAAGCUUAGCCAGCUCAACCAGACCUUCCUUAUCCACCGCUCAACAUACCGUGUCUUUGGUGACAACCAGUGGAGAGAGGUCUCUUCAAGGCUCGACAUGUGGCGGAACAGCUUGACUGGUGUGUUGCAGGUCAUCCAGGCGGAGAAGCAGAGGUUCUUGCAGGAAAAAGAGGAGGAGGCGAACAAGGCGGAUAACAAGUAUGAUUCGGCGAGGGGUUUCCAGAGGGGCGGGCAGAGGAAGCAGCCAAGGGCACUGGACGAUGACAUGGGUUUGGAAUAG